AUGGUCUUUUUACUUCGGAUGAUUGCAAGAGGGCUAUCAGGCCUGCUUGUACUCAAUCUUUUCUGUCGACUUAUCAGAGAACCAUUUCUGCCAUGGUUUCACGAUUGGAUGCUGACCUGUCCGAACUCGGCUGCAAGGUGCCAUUUACUCUGGCAAAGAUGGCCAUUUGUUGAAAGGGUAAUUUGGAAAAUCCUGGACUACAUAGAGAUACACCAUUAUGCGUAA